GCCAUCCAUGUAGCCAGUACAGAAGAACUGAUAGCAUAUGAUUGGUAAUAGUUCCUGUUGUCAUUUACUGCCAAUUAAAAUGUCUGACAAGUUGAGGGGACCUUCCCCUUAGGAGCGUGAGUGUGUCCGCAGCAUGUACAUACAUAUACCACCUCCCAGACCGAGUCACCUGACAUGGUAAGGUCGGUUAAAGGGAAACAUCAGCGAACAGCUGUGACACAGUUAGGAAAUCAAGUCUGGCGCAGUAUACAGGUAGCGCGAUUGACUGCACUGCCAAUGGCUAUGGGAGAACGAGCUGAUCGGCCAAUAAAAAUCCGUCAAAAGGUAUUUGCCGGUAUUGGGCGAGUCAUAGAGAGAUCUAGAGAGAGAGAGAAAGGAAAAUGGUUUGGUAAUUGGCUGUGUGCUAGUCACGUCUGUAGGAAACCCUAUAAUAUGCCAGCGCAGACAUAAUCACACUUUUGUGGGUGAGGACAUUCGUGUACACAAUAAAAUACAACUCAGAGUUUGACUCUAGCCCUGAGACUGUCUGAAUGACAGUGUGUACCCUGCGUGUGUGUGUGUGUGUGUCUAUCUGCGGUUGAAUAUUAAGUGUGUGUGCGUGCUGGUGUGAGACAAUGAGAGAGAGGGUGAGAUAGAGGGGUAUCGCGGAAGGCUUAGUGCACAAUCUGUCUGAGCGAGAGACCAGUAGAGCAGGAGAGAGCGGGAGAGAGAAGACCGCUGUAUGUAGGAGUGUACACAGAAGGAGACUGGCAAGUACACAUUCAGCAGACAGGCAUACAUUGAGCCGCAGCAGGGAAUGACAAUCGCUCACAGUAGUAGGAGUGUACGUGUGCGGUGAAGGAGUUCAGGAGCAACUCUACUCUGGCCGCCUAUCCAUACAUCUUCGCCGUUCCCAAAUGACAUAACAUGUACGAGGCGGCAGCAGCCAUUCUCCCGGAUCUUGUGAUAUAGUUCUUCACGUUGGUGCUGCGACCGUUGUCACUGCUCCUGCUGCCAGGAUUACCUUACCGACCAUCCCGUCGCUAACCCGUGGCAGUAGCUCCUACAUUCUAUGCGCACAUCCAUUCGUUAUUGCCGUGGUCACGGCUUUCCAAUUGCCUCAUCCAGCAGUUCCCGACUUAACGCACAAACUAUGUACGUGCAAGAGAAGGAGGUAGCACUAGCAGCGGUGCCUGGCACAUGGAAUAUUUUGUUUUGGUGUUUCUGGCGCCGUUGACUGUCGUGUGUCUGUGCUGUGUCAUCAUGUUUUACUACCGUCGCAGCAGCCGCCUAGCAUCACACUCUUCUUCGCUACCAACCUCCAGUUAUUCUAUUACGUCAGACAAUCCUCCCGUACCGGUUAAUCAGUCACCUCUGAUACCAAGCCAUAGAUUCUCAGCGCAGCAUCAGCAGGAGAGGCUAAGAAAGCAACGCGAGAUGGUCUGUUCACACAGUGAGUCAACGGAGAAGUUCCCCACGUCAGUAUGUCUCCCGGAUGAGGACGAACCGCAGCACAUGCGUGACAAUGUUAGAAUACACCGGGAGGUUAUGACAGAAAACGGCAUCAGAGCACCGCCAAAUCGGACUGUAUAUGACAGUGAGAGGCAAGAUUUAAUGAUACAGUGUCGUAGCAAAACAGAAAACCUUCAGCGGCAUCCGGUGAGGCGGAGCCCGUCGAAUGCAUCGAACGGCUCGCAAUCCAAACGGGGCGGGGUCGGGAGUCGAGCAGGGGUUGGUGGAGGAUAUAAACAUGGUGCAACAGCGGUGACGACGACAGCGACGUUACAAGGAGGAUUGGAGGCGAUUGACAGCGAGACGCGCAGCCCGUUGAACUUAGUAGACUCUGAUUCGGAAGGGCCACCGCCGUACGCGAGCUUAGUCCAGACAAAAAACAAUAUUAUCAAUGUGUGUGAUGAUAGUAGAGUCAGUACAAGUAACAGCACAGAUGGACUCCUGCAAUGCCAACAACCACCCUGCACUCCUCCUUGUCAACCAAACACUAAUGGAAGAUUUAAUGCCAGUGCUCGAGGGGCAAAUAGGGGCAGUGGAGUCAGACUAAAGCAUGAAGGUGCAGACUGUGUCUGACAUAGCUUCAAGCGCUCCUUGUGGACUUGUUUAACGUUUGUCAGGUUGCGUUAGGGUGCAAAAAAAUGUGAAUUUUAGAGUAUAUGGGUACGGGCAUGGGGCUUAUAAAGGGAAGGGUUAGGUUUCGUCAAAGCACUGUGUAACCCGUCGCCACUUGUUUAAUGACUUGGAACGCAGUCUCAAAUGUACAACGUGGAUAACAACGUGAUAAUAAUCCUUUUGCUUGUCGAAUUGUGGAGUGGAUAUUUUGAAGGAAAAAAAAUAUAUGAAUCAACGCUUGGCUGCCUUUUCUUCAUCUCAUCAAAUGACAGUACCUGGUUACCCUAAGUGCAUCUUGAUCUAGUUCUUGUUAAAAAAAAGAAGAAAAAAAUGCAUCUGGAAAGGGGAAUUCUCUGCUGUUCAAAAGCUUUGUAUAAUGUGCAAGCACUUUUUUAGCUUAAACCAAUGUUACAGACACCGUCACACACGUAUAGUUACAACCUAGUUGGAGUGAUCCAAACUGAACAAUACACCUCUCCAAGUUACAGUAUUCAACCUUGGGAUAUUAUAUCACCGCUGAUCUCUGGAAAUAUAUCAUUUUUCUCAUGUAUGUUGUUCAUGUGUACAUCAGCAUAGGAAACAACAUGGCCAUGGAUUGUGUAGAGAGUUUCUCAUCACCUUUUUAACAAAGUUUGAUUAUUGCUGUUGUGUAGAGGUGGAACGGGGAGUGUUUCAUCUAAUAGCCAGUGAUUUUUUUUCUAUCAUUACUUUCUGCUAAUUCUUGCAUCUGAUUGGCCAAAGGUAAAUUAGUCAGUGAAAAUGACUGACUACACUUUUUGAUGAAAUGCCCCCCACCCCAGAUUAUGGAAACAUCAAGCUGUAAAUCCUGCAUGUCUCAACAAAAUGGCAACAACUCCUAGAUACAUGUGGCAUCAUUAAAGGGGAAGUUCACCCUCUUGAAAAGUUUCUCAUAAAAAUAGCAUAAAAGAUAAUGAAAAAUAUUGGUGAAAGUUUGUAAAACGAUUUUAAAAGAGUUAUUCAAUUUUAACUUUUUAAUUUGUAACAUCAUGUGUGAGCAGUUCCUCAUAUCAUGUGAAAAAAAAAUCAAAAUGUCAUUUUCUAUUAAAAUUAAAAUGGACUAUAUUGUACCAUCAGUAUAUCAAAAGACAAAUCAUUUCACACCUGCUCCUGGAAGAAAAAAAAAUUAAGUCAU